GGAAAAAAGUUGCAUUUUGUAUCACCGGCGCGUAGAAAAUCUGUGCUGGCGCCAAUUUUGAGCAAAAUCAAGAAUGGUACAGACGCUUUGGAUGGUGAGAAAAAGGGCAACGGUGGCAUUGGUGGACUGGGCGGUGCAGGUGGUGGUGUUGGCGGCGGCGGCGGCGGCGGCGGCAAUAGCAGUGGGGGAGGACUUUUGGGAAAUGUCAUUAAUGAUAACAAUAGUCAUGUGACCGUACAAAUUGAGCCGGCUAAAAAGGUCAAGCGACACAGCAUACACGGCAUGAUGGAGGAGGAGAAUAUUGUGCGGCCCCAUCAGGAGAUCCGUCAGCUAACCUUGGAGGAGAAGAAGUUUCUGUUGGCGGUGGAGCGCGGCGAUAUGGCGGGCACACGAAGAAUGCUCCAGAAGGCGCAAGAUACCGACUAUAUCAAUGUAAAUUGUGUUGAUCCUUUGGGACGUACUGCACUUCUCAUGGCUAUCGACAAUGAGAAUUUGGAAAUGGUUGAAUUACUCAUCAGUUAUAAUGUGGACACCAAAGAUGCGCUGUUACACUCUAUAUCCGAGGAGUUUGUAGAGGCUGUAGAAGUGCUUUUGGAUCAUGAGAAUGUCACCUUUCAUACGGAGGGAAAUCAUAGUUGGGAGUCCCAAUCGGAGGACACUUCAACAUUCACACCGGAUAUUACGCCACUUAUUUUGGCUGCACAUCGUGAUAACUAUGAGAUAAUCAAAAUAUUACUAGAUCGUGGAGCUGUACUGCCAAUGCCGCAUGAUGUUAGAUGCGGUUGUGACGAAUGUGUUCAAUCUCGCCAAGAAGACUCCCUACGACACUCACGUUCACGCAUUAAUGCCUAUCGUUCGCUGGCCAGUCCCAGCCUAAUAGCAUUGUCAUCGAAGGAUCCUAUAUUAACUGCCUUUGAAUUGUCAUGGGAAUUGAGACGUUUGAGUUUUCUCGAACACGAAUUCAAGAAUGAAUAUCAGGAAUUGCGCAAACAAUGCCAGGAUUUUGCCACCGCUUUACUCGAUCACACGCGCACAUCACACGAAUUGGAAAUCCUACUGAAUCAUGAUCCCACCGGUCCGAUUUAUGAACAUGGCGAGCGUAUGCAUUUGAAUCGCUUGAAAUUGGCAAUCAAAUUGAGGCAGAAGAAGUUUGUGGCUCAUUCAAAUGUACAGCAGCUCUUGGCGAGCAUUUGGUACGAAGGACUGCCGGGAUUUCGACGCAAAAAUAUGGCCCUACAAGCAUUGGAUAUUAUAAGAAUUGGUAUAAUGUUUCCCAUAUUCUCAUUGGCUUACAUUCUGGCACCGUACUCUAGUAUAGGACAGACUAUGCGUAAACCCUUUAUAAAAUUUAUAUGCCACAGUGCCUCCUAUUUUACAUUUCUGUUUUUACUCAUGCUUGCUUCGCAACGCAUCGAAACCUUUAUUGGUGGUUGGUUUUGGAGCGAUACUCAAAACAUAAUCACACAAGUCGAAGAAGUGCCCACAAAACGUGGCGCCAAACCGACUUUCAUUGAGUGGCUAAUACUGGCGUGGGUUAGUGGUCUCAUUUGGAGCGAGGUGAAACAACUUUGGGAUGUUGGCCUGCAAGAAUAUCUAAAUGACAUGUGGAAUGUCAUCGAUUUCGUAACGAACUCACUCUAUGUGGCCACUGUCGCAUUGCGUGUGGUGUCCUUCUUUCAAGUGCAAAAAGAAAUGAUCAUUAAUCCGAAUGCCACUGAUUUGCCGCGUGAGCGUUGGGACACAUGGGAUCCAAUGCUCAUUUCGGAAGGACUCUUUAGUGCGGCAAACAUUUUCAGUAGCCUCAAAUUGGUAUACAUCUUUUCGGUGAAUCCACAUUUGGGACCACUGCAAGUGUCCCUGUCGCGUAUGGUUAUGGAUAUCAUGAAGUUUUUCUUUUUGUAUGUGCUUGUUCUAUUCGCCUUUGGUAGUGGUCUGAAUCAGUUGUUGUGGUACUAUGCUGAUUUGGAGAAGAAACGGUGUCCGGAAGUUUCACCAUCAAAUGUGCUCAUCAACAUGAAUGGCACAACGGAUCCGAAUGCCUGUAUUGUGUGGCGUCGGUUUUCAAAUCUCUUCGAAACUACUCAAACGCUGUUCUGGGCCGUUUUUGGCUUGAUCGAUUUGGACAGCUUUGAGUUGGAUGGUAUUAAGAUUUUCACACGUUUCUGGGGCAUGCUGAUGUUUGGCACUUAUUCGGUUAUAAAUAUUGUGGUGCUCUUAAAUCUACUCAUCGCUAUGAUGAAUCAUUCUUAUCAGCUGAUUUCGGAACGUGCUGAUGUUGAAUGGAAAUUUGCGCGUUCCAAACUGUGGAUAAGUUACUUCGAGGAAGGUGGCACUUGUCCGCCACCAUUCAAUAUCAUACCGACACCAAAGUCCAUCUGGUAUGUGUUCAAGUGGGCACGCAGAGUCUUUUGCAGCGGCUCAUCGGCAGCAAGACGUGAACAUUUGAAGACAAUACGACGCAAAGCUCAGCAGGCGAGUGAUCGUGACUUUAAAUAUCAGCAAAUAAUGCGUAACUUGGUGCGUCGUUAUGUGACUGUGGAGCAACGCAAAGCCGAAUCACAAGGUGUCACGGAGGACGAUGUUAACGAGAUUAAACAGGAUAUAUCAGCAUUCCGUUGUGAAUUGGUAGAGAUUUUGAAGAACAGUGGCAUGGAUACAAAUGUAACGGCGGGACAAGGCGGUGGUGGUGGCAAGAAGAAUCGUCAAAAGGAACGUCGUCUUAUGAAAGGCUUUAACAUAGCACCGCCCGGUUCGACGGGUUCACUGGCGCCGGUUGCAGAGUUUUCCACUUCUUUGGAUAACUUUGAUUCGCAACAUGAAAUACUCAGCUCCACGCUAUCGAAUCUUUUCAAUUCAAAUUUUAUACAAAAGAAUCAUCAGAAUGGUCAGACCAGUGGUAAAGAGUCACCAACAAAUGGAACGACAACAACAACUACUACUAUACAAACAACAACAAAAUACAAUAAAUCAGCACUGAAGCCACAUAACAAGCGGAUUGCGGGCCAUAAAAAGCGUUGGGGCACGCUCAUCGAGGCCGCUAAGGUGGGCAAUGUUUCGAAAAUGUUAGGACGCUCGAAAUCCGAAGAUUCUGUGUGCAACUCUUCUGCGAACUCAUCACCCGUACAUGGCCAGGUACGCGUCACAUAUGCACAGAAUUCCGCACAGCAUUACAUAGGCAACGGUGGGGAACCGGCCCCGGGUAAUCGUCACCAAAACACAUUAGCGCACCAUCCAUCAUCACAUGCUGGCCCAUUCAUGAAGGAGCACAGCAGCAGCUUGAAUAGUGGUAGCGGCAACAGCGUAAGCAGCUCCGGCGGUGGCAGCGGCGCAUCUCAUUUCUUUCACACAACAACCGGUCUAACCGCCAUUGCCGCUUUGAAAAAGAAACGCAAGAAGUUCUCAUCGAGCAAAAAUAUCUGCCCCGUUAACGAGUCCAUGUCCACUGCCAAUGGUGCUGCGACGGAGGCUGCUUUGAACGACAAGUCGCUCAAACGCGUCUCCAGCUAUCCCGCUUCACAUGCCGAUGGUGUCACGCCAGGUGCCAAAGACGCCAUGAUCAUCGCCAAACCACGCCGUCAUGAACAGACACAAAGUCAACAUGACUCUGUCGAAACGUCAACGGAAUUCACGCUCUCCUCCAGUGAGGCCCAUCAUUUGGAUCCAUCCAACACAUCCGUCAAUUCACGUGAACCAUUAAUUAGUGGCAGUUAUGCAUCAGCCAGUAUAAUGGGUUAA